AGCCCAUACAUGAUCACCCUCUCAAAUCUCAAUAGUCCACCUUCCUUCCUCUGCUUUUUUUCUUGGACAUAAGGCAGAGCAGAAGAAGACACGUCGCUUCAUCUUCACUUUUCUUGGACUGAGAGAAGCAAAGGCAUACUUACCCUUACAUCUCUCUGACCUUAUAGUCUUUUCUUUCCAAACAAACCCUCACCCUUUAGCCCAAACCUUGGUUGAAGAAAGAGAACAUUUCUGCAGCUACACAUAAGGUUACAAAUCUAGCAAACAUAUACAUUAGGUACAAUCCACCUCACUCAUGGCUGAAAAGAGCCGUAUAAAGAAGGGUGGUCUUCCGGAGAUAAAAAGAAUCAAGACGACAUUAAUGGUUGAGGCUGAGGACAGAAUAUCUAAAUUACCUAAUAUAAUUAUUGUACAUAUUCUGUCAUUUUCUCCCUACUAAGGAUGUGGUUCGGACAUGCAUCCUCUCAAAACGUUGGAAAUUCAUAUGGUAUUCCGUUCCCAAAUUAUUUUUCUCUGAUACUAAGCGAAUUUCAAAAGUUACAAAAUUAUGUUGACAAUUGCUUGGAACACCUUCGGAGAGGCAUGUAUUUUAUUGCUGAUUCAGCUGUAACUACUUUCAAGCUUCAGAUGAAAUGCUGUCGAAAAAGCAAGACUGGCUGUCUGUCUAGAUAAAUGGUUAAAUUUGGCAGUUGAAAAUAAAGUCACGGAAUUGAAUCUUGACUUAAAGCCAGGAAAAGGUAAGAAUUACGAUUCUUACUACUACUAUAACAGUACUCAACUUAACAGAUUUGACGAUUUUGGAAUUGAGUUGGGUUACUCAUUUAGUUUUCCAUCCUUAAAAUCAUUAUCAUUGGAGGACAUUGGGCUUGCAGAUAAUGUGAAAAAUGAUGUGUUAUCCAAGUCUUUCAUGGAUUGCCCUUCUCUUGAGGAGCUGUUGUUAACUUCUUGUCACAACUUAAGUACUACUCAUCAUCCGCUCUUGGUAAAAAAUCCAACCCUCAAGUUCAUGAAAAUUACAUUUGAUGUAUCCCUUCAAGUUGAAGCCAUAAAUCUUGAAUCUUUAGAACUAUGUUGGGCUUGCCUUGGGAAAAUAAAUCUCUCUUCUUGUAAAGCAAUUAGAAAUCUCUCACUAUCUUAUUGUGAAUGGGAUACGACAACCCAGUCAUCAUUUGAAGAUCUCAUUUCAAACCUCCCACUCCUUGAGGAUUUGAUUUGAUAAUUCUUAUAAUUAUAACUCGGGGCUGAAGCAUCUUAGAAUCUAAAAUCAACACUUGAAAAGCAUCAAGUUGCUUAAUGUGAACUCCGAGAAUGAUAUGAUCAAGCUCAUUACAAUUAAGUCAGUGCCAAAAUUGGUUUCAUUUUGUUAUGAAGGUAAUAUCAAUUGUAACAUAUCAAUAGAGUCACCUAAUAUAUUGAAUGGAAAAUUUGUGAUUAGAGAUAUUCAUCACAAACUAUAAUUUACGGUAAAACAACAAAUUACAAAUAUUAUAAUUUCUAUAAAUAUUAUUUUUAUUUUUGUAAAAGCAAUCGUAUCUUUCAUAUAUCUUUUUUAAUUUUGGUGUACUUAGAAAAAUUCCCCAUUUUAAAUUGAAGAUUUUUAUAAUUUUUAAUUUUUAAGAUAUUAUCUUACAAAAUAAGAUAUUUUUAAUUUAUUACUAAAGGAAAAUAUUAUUAGUUUAAACGUGGUGUUAAUUAAAAAUUAUUAUUUAAUUUGAAUUAAUACGAAAGUAUAUCUUUUUUUUAAAAAAAAUAAAUUUAAAUUAAUGUAAAUAUCUAAUAUUUAGAAAUUAAACAAAUCUUAUGCGAUUUUAGACUAAUAAAAAAAUUCAAUUUUUAUCUUAAAAUUUAAAUAAUUUCAAUCAUAUCAAACAUAUAUAUAUAUAGAUCCCAUUAUAAACGUCACUUACUACUUAGAAAAAAAAUACAACUUAAUAAUUAGCUUGGACUUCUCUACUAGCGAUAGUUACUCAUUCAAGAAAAACCUCCGCUGUUGUUGUGCGAAGAAAUUAAACGUGAUAUUAUCAAUGGAAAUAUUGUUUGAAGACAAAAUUUCUAAACUAUCAGAUGAUCUCAUCAACCAUGUUCUAUCGUUUCUUCUCACAGUGGAUGUUGUUCCAACAUGUCUUCUUUCGAAGCGUUGGAAAAAUAUAUGGCAUUUAGUUUCUACGCUCUCUUUUUCUGAUGAUAGGAUGCCUAAUUUUGAAAACUUUUGCAAUUAUGUUGACAAUUGUUUGGAACAUCGCAAGAGAGGUAUGGCCAAUGAUAAUUCAGUCCUAAUCAAAAGUUUUAAGCUUCAGAUUAUGGAUUUUGAUCCAAGAAAUAAUGCUCACUACAUAGAUAAAUGGUUAGAUUUUGUUGUUGAGAAUAAAAUCAAUGAGUUAUAUAUUUACUUGAACCCAGAGGAGGUAGAAGAUGAAGAUGAUGAUGAUUAUGGGGAGCUCUUAUAUUACUGUUUACCCCAAACAAUGCUACUCAACGCAAGAAAUAUCACUGUUUUGGACUUGCAUGGGAUAGAAAUAUUGGAUAAUGCUACUAAUUAUAGAAUUAAUUUUCCAUCCUUGAAAUCAUUGAAAAUGAAAAAUUUCAGGAUGCACAAUGCUGUCUUAUUCAAUUUUGUGUUGGGCUGUCCUCUUCUCGAGAGAUUAAUCUUAAUUGAGUAUAUUAACUCAGGUGACAAUCUCUGCUUAGUCAGUUCAAGGCUAAAGUACAUGAAACUUAAGGGUGCAAAUAACGUCCAACUUCUCCAAAUUAAAGCAGAAAAUAUUGAGUAUUUGGAAAUAGUUGAUGUUCCCUUUGACGGAGGAGAGUUUUCUCUUGGCAAGAAUAUUCCAAAGGGCAAUUUUCAUUCAUAUACAAGUAAAUGUAUAAUAUUACAAAAAAAUAUGAACAAAACCAUAAUUAUAUAAUUUUAUACUAUUUUAUGAAUAUUUAAAAAUAAAUAAAUAUGUU